AGCCAUGAGCCAACCUCGCGCCGCACUCCACCACCAGACCAGACCAGAGCGCCCGUAAACGGAAGCCGACGCCACCGAGAGCGGCCAGCCGAACCCGAUGCCGCCGCCCAACUCCUCCCUCCCGCUCGCCGCCGCCCCCAUGUCCGACCCCUCCCCAUACCCCUCCCCGCCCCCCAACCCCCUCGCCGCCGCCUCCUCCUUCCUCCACCACCACCUCUCCAGCCUCGCCUCGCGCUUCGCCGCCCCGCGCCCCGCGCUCGCCGCGGCGCGCCCGCCGGGGCCCCACGGCGCCGCCGCCCAGCCCCUCGCGCUCGGGCCCGACGAGGUCGCGCGCGCGCUCACCGGCACGCCCGUCUUCACCGUCUGCAACUCCAGCAACGAGUUCGUGCUCGUCUCCGACCCCGCCACCGGCCUCCGCUCCCUCGGCCUCCUCUGCUUCCGCUCCGAGGACGCCGACGCCCUCCUCUCCCAUGUGAGGACGCGGCAGCCGGUGUUAGGGAAGGGGGCAAAAGUGGUGCCGAUUACGCUAGAUCAGGUUUAUAUGUUGAAGGCCGAAGGUAUCGCAUUCCGCUUCUUACCUGAUCCACUUCAAAUAAAGAAUGCACUGCAGUUGAAAUCUGGCUUAACUGGUUUUGAUGGUGUCCCUGUUUUUCAGUCAGAUCUAUUGGUCGUUAAGAAACAGAAGAAGCGCUAUUGUCCAGUAUACUUUCAAAAGGAGGACAUAGAAAGAGAGCUUAGAAAGGCGUCUAAAUCUUCGAAAGGAUCAGCCUUAUCUAAGCAAAUUAUGGUUGGUAGUUUGGAGGAUGUCUUGAAGAAAAUGGAGAUUAACGACAGAAAUUCUGGUUGGGACGACUUAAUCUUCAUACCACCUGGAAAGAGUCUCAACCAACAUAUCAAUGAGGUGAUCAAAUGCGGUGGCUUACCACGAUCGUGGGCGCCAUUGCAAAGAGCUGAGUUCAGAGAAGUGAUGUCAACAGGGGAAGGUCGUGGUCAUGGAGGUAUUUUCUGCUACUAGUUGGCCCACCUGCAAGCGACUAGGCGAUGGCAGACUUUUCUGAACUUCAAUUUACUUAUUCGCUUAGUUGCUUAUAUCGUAUGAUUGUUCCGAUGUUGUGACUUGUUUGGAUGGUUCGUGUAACAAGUACUCGUGUUUGCAUGGUGCACCCCCUCGAUGAAGACCAAGAGCAACAUGGCUCUUUGUUUUCUAAACAUAGAAGCAAAUGAGAAAUCUCAGAAUUUUUUUUA